AUGUGCAGAGCUGCGGAAUCACUCGUGACCAACGGGGCCAGAAAUGUCGAACGCGAUCUGCUCCCCGCCAAUGUGAUUCCGCGCCACUACCAAUUACAACUCGAGCCCGACUUUGACAAUUUUACAUUCCACGGCAAAGUUGUAAUUGAUCUUGACGUCACCGAGGACUCUAACUCAAUUACUCUCCAUACACUGGACAUUGAUAUUCGCGGUGGAAAGAUCAUAUCCGGAGCAAACGGGACCGCCCAAGAUAUCAACGUUAGCCAUGAUGAACAGCGUCAGACGACUACCGCUUCCUUUUCUACGGAGCUCAACAAGGGUGGCAACGCCCAACUUGAGUUGACCUUCAUUGGGCAACUCAACAACAAGAUGGUCGGCUUCUACCGCUCUGGCUACACCAAGACUGAUGGCACCAAGGGAUACAUCGCGACAACCCAAAUGGAACCUACUGGUGCCCGACAAGCGUUCCCCUGUUUCGACGAGCCUGCACUCAAGGCGACAUUUGACAUCACUCUCAUUGCCGAUACGCAUUUGACCUGCUUGAGCAAUAUGCCGGUCAAGUCCGAGGCCAACGUGCAGUCCACCAUUACGAAUGCUACUCGUAAGGCUGUCAAAUUCGAUACUUGCCCUAUCAUGUCGACAUAUCUCACCGCAUUUAUUAUUGGCGAGCUAAAUUACGUCGAGUCCAACCUCUUCCGCAUUCCAGUUCGCACCUAUGUUACCAUUGAUCAGAAUGUUGAGUAUGGUCGUCAUGCUGCCGAUCUUGGAGCACGAACUCUCGAACUUUUCGAAAAGGAAUUUGGCGUCGAGUUCCCCUUGCCCAAGAUGGAUCAAAUUGCUGUUCUUGACUUUGCAGCAGGUGCCAUGGAAAACUGGGGUCUCAUCACGUAUCGGGCUGUUGAUCUGCUGAUUGAGGCAAAUGCCGGUGCCGGCCGCAAACGCCGCGUUACCGACAUUGUUCUUCACGAACUGGCUCACCAAUGGUUCGGAAAUCUUGUUACCAUGGAGUGGUGGGAAGGUCUUUGGCUCAAGGAAGGUUUCGCUACCUGGGCGUCGUUGUACGGUGCUAAUAUAUUCUACCCCGAGUGGAAUAUUUGGGCCGAUUUUGUCAUUAGCUCGCUGCAAGACGCCCUGCAUCUCGAUUCCCUCCGGAGCAGUCACCCUAUUGAGGUGCCAGUGAAGAGCGCGGGUGAGAUUAACCAAAUUUUUGACGCCAUUUCAUAUGAGAAGGGAUGCUCUGUCCUUCGUAUGAUUUCGGUGCACCUUGGAGAAGAGGUAUUCUUGAAAGGCAUCAGAGACUAUCUCCAGAAAUUUGCGUACAAAAGCACUACCACUGAUGACUUGUGGAAUUGUUUAAGCGCGGCGAGUGGGAAGCCUGUAACCGAAGUUGUCGCCCCGUGGACGCGGGAACUAGGAUAUCCUGUCUUGUCUGUCUCAGAGGACACCGUUGGCAAUACUGUCACUGUUUCUCAGAACCGUUUCCUUCGCACGGGCGAUGUCACGCCUGAAGAUGACAAGAUUGUUUAUCCUGUCAUUCUCGGUCUCCGCACGGAACCUGGUAUCGACCACUCUACGGUGAUGACAGAACGGGAAAUUAUCCUAGAUGUUCCGGCGGGCAGUUUCUUCAAGCUGAACGCUGAUCAUCCUUCGGUCUACAGAACACUGUACUCUCCCGAAAUCCUUGCUCGCCUUGGCAGUGCCGCCCAGGAAGGAAGACUGAGCAUUGCGGAUAGAACUGGCAUGGUAGCAGACGCCGCAGCCUUGACCGCGGCUGGUUACACAAAGACGUCUACCUUUCUCACGCUGGCGCAGAGCUUCAAAGAUGAGACUUCAUUCUUUGUGUGGCAAGAACUUAUUGCCGGUCUCGGCGAGAUCUCACUUGCUUGGAUGUUCCAGGACAAGGCUGUGACCGAAGGUCUGAAGACCUUUAGAAAGGAGCUCGUCGCGCCGGUUGCCCGCAAGCUUGGUACCAACAUCACUGCGGCAGAUGGUCACGUUGAUCAGCAGUUGAAAGAUUUGAUUAUGUUGUCAGCUGCCAUGUGCGGCGACGAGGAGACCAUCAGGGCCGCACAAGACGCUUUCAAGAAGAGCUUGAACGGAGAUUUGUCUGCACUUCACCCAACACUGAGAACAACCGUGUACUCAAUUGUAUCUCGAUAUGGUGGUGAGACUGAGCUGGCCCAACUUCUGAAUAUCUACAAUACUUCAGAGGUCUCCGAUGAGCGUGUUGCUGCCCUUAGAGGCUGUGGCUUUGCCAGUGAUCCUGAGGUCAUUGGAGAGGUGUUCGCCGCCAUGGAUAGCGGUGACGCCAUCAAAGACCAAGAUGUCUAUCUUCCAGUCAAAGGUGUCCGCAGCAGCCGUAUAGGCGCGGAUGCGGCAUGGAAGCACUUCCUUAGCAACUGGGACCAGUACUAUAAGCGCUUCCCACCUGGCUUGUCUAUGCUCAAGAAUCUUGUCAAGCAUUCUUUGAGGGCCAAGUUGUCUUGGGUCGAGAGGGACUCUGACGACGUUGUGGCUUGGCUCAAGGCCAAUGGCUACAUGCAGUAA